CAGCCAUGUUUUCUUUUGCUGAAAUAAGAGAUUUAUUAACAAGAGAGAAAGUAUUAUUUUAAAUGAAUCUCUUAGCCUAAAAUGUUCAAUAAGCAUAAUCCAUACUAUUAGUAUGAUUCCUAAAGUCCUUGUAGAAGGGAUAUUCUCAUUUAAUGGAUUGUGGCAGUAAAUAUUUUAUAUUAUAAUUAGUAAUCAUCUUAAUUCAAGCAUUCGAUAAAAACCUUAGAACUGGCAGUGUUCAUUAUUGAUUCAUACUUAAAUUAUUUUAAUAUCACUGCAGAAUACCUACAACUAUUAGGAAUUUCAGCAUAUUCAAUUGCCUCUAAAGUAAACAUAAAUAUUUAUCAAUUUAGUUUAAUGAAACAGAGAUAAUGUCUUAAAUUAAAUUGUACAACCAAGAAAGCUAGCCUUUAUACAAUGAUGAUGAAUAUGAUGAAAUGGAAGAAUAAAUUCUAAAGGCUAUGGGAUACUAGUUAAAUCUUAUAACAUCAUCAGAUUUUUUGUUGGCUAUGAAUAUUUAAGUCGAUGAAAAUGUCUCGAAUUUAUUGAUGUUCAUUCUAAUAGGUAUAAUUAUCUUAUAAUAUCUAAAUAGACUUUGAAAUUUAUCAAUAUUCUCAUUUUGAAUUAGCAUUGGCAAUCAUGCAUUACCAGAAUGAUACAAGACUUCUUUUUUAAGAAAAAAUACUCACCGUAUCUUAAUUAAUUCACAAAAAAUUAAUUAAAGCAUAAGAAAUCUAAUGUGAUAAAUCUGAACAAGAAGACACUAAAUCUGUGGAAAGAAGUCCCUCAAUUCAUAAAAAGAUUUCUAAAAAAAAAGAAUCUUCAAAACAAAAAUUAAUAUAACAACAGAAAUGAACUAGUGUUGCUAUAUUUAGUUUCAAUAAUGA